AAGGGAGAGAACAACCGGAAAUAGUGCAACUUCCGCUAGGACCACAGCACUCUGACAUUCACUAUUGGCAAUUGUAGUAGCUUCAAAAGACAAUUUUGUCCAUAUGCCUUUUUAUGCAGUAAGAAGGGGAAGAAAUCCCGGGGUUUACAAAACAUGGCCAGAAUGCCAAGAGCAAACUGUAGGAUUCAAAGGCCCAGUCUUCAAAAAGUUCGAGACAGAAGAAAUGGCCUGGGACUUUGUGAAUAAUAUUACUUCAGGAUCUAAGGACCAGGAAAAAGACAAACUCAAGCGCUCUAAAUCAGAUGAGACUCCAACUGGUAGUGGUGAGCCACCCCUGAAGAAAUCAAAGUCAGCGGGUAGCACGGCUGAGACUGAUGGUGCAUUUACAGGCACUCCUUUCUUAGAUAAAGAAGGAACUCCAGUGUACACAGAUGGUGCUUCGUUUCGUAAUGGGCAAGCUGGUGCUGUAGCAGGGAUUGGUGUCUUCUGGGGUGAAGAUAAUCCAAAUAAUGUCAGCAAGCCCCUGGAAGGAAGGCAGACAAACAACAGAGCAGAGAUACAUGCUGCUGUGGUGGCUGUGGAACAGGCCAAGAAGAUUGGAAUCAAGAAUCUAAUACUGCAUACAGACAGCAAUUUCCUUAUUAAUGGCAUUACCAGUUGGAUAAAGGGGUGGAAAAAAAGAGGCUGGAAGUUGUCUUCUGGUGGACCUGUUGUCAAUCGAGAAGAUUUUGAAGAGCUUGACAAAUCACUGGAAGGAAUGAAUGUAAAAUGGGUUUUCGUUCGUGGUCAUAAAGGCAACCCUGGAAAUGAAGCAGCAGACCGGCUUGCCAAUGAAGGGGCCAAAAAAAAUCGGGCAGGAAAAUGAGUGCUCAUUUCUUUAGUUGUGUCUUUAGGCUUACCAGACUUUUUAGGGGGAACUAUGAAAAGAACGAAUAACGACUUUUAAGGCUUGCAGAAAUUCACCUUGCUUGCUGUGCAAAGAAGUACUUUUUGUAUCGUUUACUGACUUCCUACACAUAUAUUCACUUACUAAUUCACACAUUUUUGGGGGGUGGUGGUAGGGGGAUGGGAGCAGAAUUGGAAAUUGGCAGCUGGAGCCUUAAGCACUUUCAUGCUUUUCAAUAUGACUGCAGUUGUAUUCAGUUUUUGUCUGUAGAAUAACAUUCAUUUCUGUUUUGUUUUUUGUUGUGCACUGUAAUCGUCUUUUCAUGAGCGGUUUGAAAAGUUUUCUCUGAAGACAUCAAGAAAGUUUCUGAUACGGUAGCAACAAAUGGGACAUUUUUAAUGAUAAUGAUGAGUUAUUUUUGUAAAGCAUUAAUCAACUGCAUCUGACAGAAAAUAUGUUAAAACAGAAAUCAGGGUUUAAGUUGCCAUACCUUAUCCUUGUCACUUUCUAAUCCAGUGCCUGCUACAUUUUUUCCUUUCCCUUUUUUUUUUCUUUUUAGAAAAUUUGUUUUCUAUUUCUGCUGGCAGAAAUAUUUUCAUAGCCCUUAAAACAAAGAUGUUAAUUCAGUUUUUGAUUGUGCAUGCUUUCUGCUUCUAGUUUGGAAAAACGAAAAUACAGUUUGGGUCACAAUGAUUAAUCUUAGGCUGCAUCAGAAUUAAGCUGCGUACUGCAAAUAUAAACACAUAUUUUUGGACCAAGUUUAUGAGGUCAUAUAUUUGAUAGAAAAAUGAUAUGUACUGCCAGUUUUCUGUAGUUACCUUUUGCGCUUACAAAUGGGUCGGUUACUGUUUUGUUUGCUUCGUUGAUGCUGCUUGAAGUGAACUUAAACAAAAAUUACAGUUAAGGUAAAAAGCUGGAAUAAAUUGGUGCUUCUUCUUUGAAA